GUGGCCCCCGCCCACUCCGCUCCGGGCGCUGGCGCGGCGCGGCAGGGAUAUGCUGCCCGGCGGCGCCGGAGUUGCGCAAGGAAGGGGAGGGCUUACGCGUCGAGGGAGGCGUCCUCGAUGACAACGGAACUCCAUGGCGCGCACGGCAUACGAUGGCGGCGAAAUAGCCACCCCGCCGAUGUUCACGGCCUCGCGCUCACAUUCUAUCUGGCGCGCGGGGCCCCGGCCCGCCGGCUCGGGCCGUCCCAGAAAACGGAGGCCCGUCCUAGGGAAAACGACAAAGCGGUCGGGGCCAUCCCUCUUGUCAUCGAUCUGCCUUGCCGCGCGAGGUCGGGGCGCGCGCGGCGUGGCACC